AUGCGCGCUGUUCGAUUCCAUGGAAGAGAAGAUGUUCGAGUAGAUGAGGUUGAAGAGCCUAUUUGUGGUGUUGGUCAGAUCAAGAUCAAACCUGCGUUUGUAGGAAUAUGCGGCAGUGAUCUACAUGAGUAUCUUCACGGCCCAUUCGCUGUACCUACCACCCCGCACAAAGUGACAGGCGAUCAACUACCAACAACACUAGGCCACGAGUUUAGUGGGACAGUGGAAGAAGUGGGAGAAGAGGUAACAGGAUUCAAAGUAGGAGAUAAAGUGGCUGUGAAUCCUAGUCUAAGUGAUGGGACAUGCGGGUCAUGUCAGAUGGGAAGACAUAACUCAUGCUAUAGUAUUGGGUUUAUUGGAUUCAGCAGUAAGGCUGGUGGGUUAUCAGACCAUAUUGUCUUAGACAAAAAGCAUGUCGUUCUAUUACCGGAUUCGAUGCCUUUGGAUAUUGGAGCAUUGGUGGAACCCCUUUCCGUUGCUUGGCACGCUGUCAGCCGCAGUCCAGUGCAGAAAGGUGAUACAGCACUUAUAGUCGGUGCAGGUCCCAUCGGGCUCGCAAUCCUACAAGUACUCAAAGCUCAGGGUAUGGAGAAGAUCCUCGUAGUUGAAGUUUCCGAGGAACGAGUGAAAUUCGCUCACGAAUUUGGCGCAACGAAAGUACUAAACCCGAAUAAGGUAGAUGCUCUUGCUGAGAUCCGCGAGUUUACGGGUGAUGCGAGAGGUGUGGCUGUAGCAUUUGAAUGCACAGGCGUCCAGGCUGGGAUGGAUACUGCACUUGGUGGUACUCGGGCUCGGGGGACAGCAGUUGUUGUUUCUCUAUGGGGAAAACCACCUGUUAUUAAUGCUAUGGCUUUGGUUCAUGGGGAGAGACACAUUGUGGGCGCUGCUGUGUAUGAACCGGAAGAUUUUCAGGCUGUUAUUGACGCUAUUUCAUCUGGAAAAAUAACGCCCAGAACUAUGAUUACGAGUAAGAUUCCGAUGCAGGAUGUGGUUGACCGGGGUAUCAAGGCGCUUAUACACGAGAAAGAGAGCCAUGUGAAGAUCCUGGUUGAUAUUUCCGCCUGA